AUCUAAAUCUCCUCUCAGUUCUCUGGUACUUAUACUGCACACUGUUUCUAUUCUUUGUCCAAGUCUUCUUUCUCCAAAAGCAUAAGUCUUGGUCUCUUACACCAUUAAAGACUCCAUUUAGCAUUUUUCAAUAAUUUCUUUUUUUUUCUUAUUAUUUGUUGGGCUCUUUUCUUCGUUUCGUUUCUUUUCUUUUCUUUUUUUAAAGCUUUUGAUUUUGGUUAGCGAAAGCAAGCAUUAAUGGAGUUGCAGAGUCACCUAAUCCAAUACCCAUUUCUUUAACUUCUUUAAAUCACUCAGAGCUUCAAACUUUAAAUACUUUGAUUCUGUGUCUUUCAACACCAAAAAAGAGAAGAGAAAAAAAAACAACCCGAGUCCCUUAUAAUCUAGAAAUGUCAGCUCUGGAGAUGUCACAUGUCGAUUUGGAGUCGGGAAGCCACCUCCGCUCCAUUGCCGGAAGUGAUGGGACCAAUUUUUCCGAUGCAGAAGAUGAUGGGUCUUGCUACUCUCAGUUUUAUUCGACGACGGGUGGCUCAUAUGACGAUUACAGUUUCGCUUCUGUAUCCGAUCCUGAGAUUACCGACGGUGUCGUUUUGGAUUCUAGACGGGUAUCUUCUGUGUCUGAUUACUCUGUAGAAGUGGAGAUUGAAAAUGGUAAUGGAGUAGCUGAGAUGAAAGUGCAAUUGGCUAAGGUAGAGAGAGAUUGUAGGAUUUGCCAUUUGGGCCUGGAAAGCAAUAGCCAUGAAUCAGGAGCCCCCAUUGAAUUGGGCUGCUCUUGUAAAGAUGAUUUGGCUGCUGCUCACAAACAGUGUGCAGAGGCUUGGUUCAAGAUUAAAGGAAACAAGACCUGUGAGAUUUGUCAUUCCAUUGCUCGCAAUGUUGUCGGCGUAAAUGACAUUGAGACAGUAGAACAGUCAAAUGAGCCUAACAAUGCAACAACAGCUGCAGCAGUCUCGGUAUCGGUACCCCAUUCAGAAACUCGAAGCUUCUGGCACGGCCAUCGCUUUCUGAACUUUCUGCUUGCCUGCAUGGUAUUUGCAUUUGUCAUAUCAUGGCUCUUUCACUUCAAUGUUCCAUCUUCGUAAACUGUAGAAGGCCUCUUGAGACAAAAUUAAAACCCAACCUGCUUCCAAGAAAGGAAAAUGCAUAUAUGGAAGAAAGAAGAAGAAGACAAUCAAAGAGAGAAAUGAAUUAUUACAGAAAUGCAGAGCUUGAAGCAUCUCUUGCUAUGUUGCUGAGUGACAAAAUAGUUCAGAGCCUCAAGUGUUCGUUGUUAGUUAUACGUUCAUACAGUAUAGAGAGCCUGCCGUAUAUCUAUUUGUUUACAAUCAUCAUUAUCAAAGCUGUUCCAUGGAAAUUACUUUCAAUUUUUGGUGCUUGGAUGUUGGAUUUUGAUUUAUUUUAGUGCUAUACUAUGCCGUUUAUGGCUUAUGCUAUGCUUGUCUUGCUACUGCUUGCUGACGUAUGUAGAGUUGGGUUUUACUAACAAACAGAAUACGCACAGCUUGCUUGGCUGGAAGUUAUUUUU